UCCCCAGAUUUAAUUUAAUCUCCCGAAAUCACAACUGAUCAGUUAUAUCGUCCAAUUUCAAAGAAGAAAGCAAUGUCAGGUGUAUCUCUAGCAGUGGCUCCCACUCCUCCGGGGUCGGAACCAGAGACUGUUCCGGCCACAACAAAACCUCACCCCCAACAGCAGGCGGCGGUGGGAGGCCUGAUGGGUUCGCUGCGCGUGAUAGAGCUUCAACUCGUGGCCUUCAUAAUGGUGUUCUCAGCGAGUGGCCUCGUCCCUCUUCUGGACUUAGCCUUCCCAGCAUUCGCUUCCCUUUACCUCUUCCUCCUCUCUCGCUUCGCCUUCCCUUCUCGUGGUGGUAGUUCCUCUGCCUCCCAACAGAUCUUCCAUGGCAGCAGAAUGUUCAGACUCUACGUCAUUGUCGGAACCAUCAUAGGCCUCUUCUUGCCCCUCUCCUAUGUGCUGGGUGGCUUUGCUAGAGGAGACGAACAUGCAGUGAGAUCCGCCACUCCUCACUUGUUCUUGUUGUCCUGUCAGAUUCUCACCGAGAACAUCAUAGGUGGUUUGUCUCUGUUCUCGCCGCCGGUAAGAGCCUUGGCGCCUUUGCUCUAUACGGUUCGAAGGAUCUUUGUGGACAUUGAUUGGAUCAACGAUACCUGGCUCCUCCAGACGUUGCCUGCAAAUGCACACUAUAAAGACGUGGCGUGGUGUUGGUUCGGGAGGAGUUUGGCGGCGGCGAAUCUGGUGUAUUUCUCAAUGAAUCUGUUUGCCUUUUUGAUACCCAGGUUCCUUCCCAGGGCAUUUAAGAGGUAUUUCGAAGAGAGCGGGGAGAUUUCUGCCAAGAUAGUGGAAGACAAGAGAUCUGCUACUAUCAACGUAACCCAGCGAGCUGAUAAGAAGAAAGAUUAA